UCACGUUAGGACCGUGGAGGACCUAGCACUUUAGUUUCCGUCAACGAUUGGCGCGAAUCGGACAGAAUCAAAACAGUGAAUUUAUAGGGCUAAUAAAUUAAUACUAUUUAAGUACAAAAUGAAGCAGAUUUCGCUAUUUUAAGAACAGGUUAUGUAUAUGGGGUAGCUAGAUGAUAUAACUUUAAUUCGGUGCUGUAUUUUGGCUCACAAGAGGCUUGUUUUCUUUCGUCAUUGUCAGGAACACGAGCGAGCUGCAUGAUGCUAACUUGUUAACGUGAAGCGCGAGCUGUCAGCUAAUUGUUUUAGCUGGCUAGCGUCUAAAUAUAAGACAGUAUAUGUGACAUACUACGUUGCUAUAUUUCGAAGUGUGUGAUUCGCUUAUUUGGGGAAUUGAUGUCCAACAUGGCAAAUGAAACAGACGGAUUUAUUGUGAAGUUUGUUGAAACAAAACGGAAAAAAUCCGAACUAGCAAUCAAAGCAUAUGAGGCCAUCUUGGAGCUUCAAUCAGAAAAGUACCUCCAGUCUGUGAAUGAGGAGGCAGUGCUUCGUAUGGAACGCAAUGAUAAGUCUCUGUACAUCUUCAGCAACUUCUCCAGUCCUGCCUUCUUCCACUGCCAGAAGCUGGGGUGCAGAGUGGUGAGCCCGCUGGUGGUUCUGCACUGCUUGCAGCUUCAGUGCUGUGUGCCCAGGGCUGAGGAGCCCAUCUACAACAUGGCCAUGGCCGACGUCACCGUCUCCUGCACCAACCUGGACAAGGAAGCACGGGCGGAGGUGCAGGAGCUGGUGCAGCUGAUGGGUGGCCGAAUGUCCCGGAAUCUCAAUGUGUUUGUCACGCACCUGGUGGCAGGCAUGGUGGGCAGCAAGAAGUACCUGGUGUCUGCCAGCCUGGGGAAGCCCAUUCUGCUGCCCACCUGGGUCAAGGCCUGCUGGGAGAAGUCUCAGGACAGCCUGUUCCAGCACACAGAGCUGCCCCUGGAGGACUACCUGUGCCCUGCGCUGCACGGCUGCAGGGUGUGCGUGACAGGUCUGUCCACGCAGGAGCGCAAGGAGGUGCAGAGGCUCUGUGAGCAGCACGGAGCACAGUACAGCGGCCAGCUCAAGAUGAACGAGUGCACGCACCUCGUCGUCAGCGAGCCCAAAGGUCAGAAGUACGAGUGUGCACGGAAGUGGAAGGUGUACUGCGUGUCCUUGAACUGGCUGCUGGACAGCGUCGAGAAGGGCUACUGCCAGGACGAGAGCCGCUACAGGGUGGGCUCCGGAGCCCAGCCACACAGCGAGCCCAACACCUCCACCCCCACCGGCAACAGGAAGAACGCCGCGCACGUGCUGGGCAUGAGCCAGAUCUCCAACAUCAGCCUGAGCUCCGUGAACGACACCACCCACACCACGGUCACGGUCAGCUGCCUGGGGACGCCCGACGCGCUGGACGCCCUGGACCGCACCACCUGCCCCUCAGACGACCUGCUGGAUGGCUGCAAGCUCUUUCUCUGCGGGUUCUCUGGGAAGAAGCUGGAGAAGCUGCGGAGGCUGGUGAACGGGGCGGGUGGCCUGCGCUUCAACCAGCCCAGCGAGGACCUCACCCACGUCAUCAUGGGGGAGCCCGACCAAGAGCUCAAGAGCUUCCUGUCCAAGGCCACGCACAGGCCCCAUGUUGUGACGCUUCAGUGGCUGCUGGACAGCUUCUCCAGGGGCUGCCUGCUCCCUGAGGAGGGCUACUUCCACCCCACCUGCCUGCCCCCCACACCCUCCCCCCUGGAGCUGCCCCACCCCCGGGCCCCUCCCCAGCGCCCCAGCGCCUCCUCCGCACCUCCUCCUCCACCCGCCGCUAGCCCCAGCCCCGCCCGGAAGGGUCAGGCUGAGGAGGAGCUACUGUCCCAGUACCAGGACCAGGACCAGAACCAGGAACAGGACCAGGACCAGACCGUGGUGGAACUGCCUCAGGCCGGGAGCAGCAGCAGCGCCAGGCAGACCACGCUGGUCCCAGAGCUGGAGCCCCCGCUCCCAGACCCAGCUCCGCCGCGGGACUCCACCCUCCAGGACUCGCAGCUCGGAGCUCUGUUCUGCGGGAAGAGCUUCCUGCUGGCGGGCUUCGGCUCGGAGACGGAGGCCCAGCUGUCCAUGCUGGUGCUGGAGAACGGCGGGAAGGUGCUGGGCAGACGCACGCGUGCCGUGGCGCACUACGCCAUCGUGCCCCUGCUGGGCUGCGAGGUGGAGGCCACCGUGGGGGAGGUCGUCACGGACACCUGGCUGGCGAUGUGUGUGGAGCAGCAGUGCAUGCUGGGGCUGUACUCUCACCCCCUCUUCACCCCGAUGGCGGUGCUGGAGGGCAGCGUUCCUCUUAGAGGCUGUGUGCUCUCCUUCAGCCAGUUCACCGGCGCUGAGAGAGAGUCUCUCAUCCAGCUGGCCAAGCACCUGGGAGCCAGUGUGCAGGACUACUUUGUGCGCACAGAGAACCAGCGCAAGGGCAUGCUGGCCAGUACUCACCUGGUGCUGAGGACCCCGGAGGGCACCAAGUACCAGGCCGCGCAGAAGUGGGGCCUGCCCGCCGUGACCCUGCGCUGGGUGCUGGAGGCGGCCAGGAGGGGGCGCCGUCCAGACGAGAGCCGCUUCCUUGUGGACCUCCCACCCUCUCCAGAGAGGGAGGAAGAGAGUUUUGUGAUGGGUUCCCAGAAGGCCCCCGAGCCUCCGCCUCGCACCUCCCCCCAGCUCCCCCUGCUGGGCCCGCAGGCCGGGAACGCCAUCACCCCGCUCAACGUGGGCCGCUUCCAGAGCAAGACCUUCCACUCGGUCCUAGGGCAGGCUCAACAGCCGGAGUUCACCACCCCGAGGCAGGAGGGCAAGACAGCACCCUUCAAGGAGCCCGCCCUGCAGCUGGACACGCCCUCUCGCUUCCUGUGCCGAGACCAGCUUUACCCGCCCGCGUUCAACGUCAAGGACGCACUGGCUGCUCUGGAGACCCCUGGGAGUCGGGGGAUCGCGACCCCGCUCACUGAGGUUAUCGGGAGGAACCUGCAGGUUGCCGUGGCCAACAGCACCCGCAGCAACCAUGCUGAGCUGGCUGCCCUCACCGCCAGCCCCCAGCUGAGCAAGAAGCCAGAGCUGGAGCACACGGUCACGGAGCCACCCGCCCCCCUGGUCGGCGUGGUGAUCUGCGUCAGUAAGAAACUGAGCAGGAAGCAGAGCGAGCUGAACGCCAUCGCAGCCUCGCUGGGGGCAGAGUUCAGGUGGUCCUGCGAUGACACGGUGACCCACUACAUAUACCAGGGCCGCGUGGGAGACAGCAGCCGGGAGUAUCGCUCCGUGAAGGAGAGGGGGCUGCACGUGGUCUCCCAGCACUGGCUGCAGGCGUGUGCAGAGGAGCAGAGGCGUGUGUCAGAGUCCCUCUACCCCUUCACCUACAACCCCAAAAUGAGCCUGAACCUGAGCCAGGUGCCCAACGGCACACAGAGGUCCCCCCCGCCGCCCUGCCCUCAGCCCAAGGACCUCACCGAGACCCUGGAGGACAAGUCUUUUUCUGCCCACGGAGACCCUGAGAAAGAGGCGGAUGCAGACUGCACAGAACAGAGAGAAAUGGCUGAAGCCCUGGAGAUGAGGGAGAGCCUGCAGCGGCAGCUACAGGAGAUCAUGUCGGCCACCCCGCUGGCCAACGGGAGGCGCUCUUCAGUGCGACUCUCCCGAGUCGGGUCCGGGGGGCUGGACUAUUGCGCUCUCACGCCCGACAGCGCAGGUCGAGCCGGGAGGUCCGGGAGGAGCCGCACCCUCGAGGCCCUACGGCAGUCUCGGCACGUACCUCUGGACGUGAACACGGAGCCCUCCCAGAGCGAGCAGAUCGUGUGGGACGACCCCACGGCCCGCGAGGAGCGCGCCAAGCUGGCCGACAACCUGCAGUGGCCCGGCAGCCCCUCCCAGCACUCAGACCCCCUGCCCCUGCCCCUGCAUGGCCUGGGGGGCCCAGCCAGCAGCCACGCAGCACCCUCCAGCCACCUCAGAGACUCCAUGACCGACUCUGAGCUGGUGGAGAUGGCGGCCUGCGACGUCAUGGGCGAGCACAUGGGGAGGAGGUCCGCGUCGCCCCCCAGGAGGGAAGCAGAGCCCCAGCUUCUUACCCCCGAGGCCCCCAGCAUCGCCUUCCCCAUUGCCAACCCGCCCGUCCCUCCCCAGCCCCUGCCACAGGAAGAGGAAGAGGAAGAGAGUGAGGAGGGGACAGAGGAGCCGCCCAGGUUCCAGCUCUCUUCCCUCACCCCCCAGGAGCGCAUCGACUACAGCCAGCUGAUAGACGAGCUGGGAGGAGUGGUGCUGGACAAGCAGUGCUUCGACCCCAGCUGCUCCCACAUCGUCGUGGGCCAGCCGCUCCGCAAUGAGAAGUACCUGGCCGCCAUGGCCGCCGGGAAGUGGAUCCUGCACCGGUCCUACCUGGAGGCCUGCCGCGCCGUGGGACACUUCAUCCAGGAGGAGGACUAUGAGUGGGGCAGCAGCUCCAUCCUGGAGGCCCUGCCCAACAUCAGCCCCCUGCAGCGCAGACUGGCGCUGGCUGCCCUCCGCUGGAGAAUGUCCCUGCAGGACCAGCAAGGGCCAGAGCAGGGAGCCUUCGCCGGCUGGAGGGUGAUGUUGAAUAUCGACCAGGCCAGAGAGGUGGGCUUCAGAAGGCUGCUGCAGUCUGGCGGCGCCAAGGUGUUCCCAAGCCCUUCCCCCGCCCUCUACAAGGACACUACGCACCUGUUUGCUGACUUCAACCGAUUGAAGCCGGGAGACUUCCGGGUGGAUGUGCAGGAGGCUAUGGCCCAGGGGGUGAAGUGCCUGAAGCCAGAGUUCAUUGCAGACUACCUGAUGCAGGAGCCUUCCCCCGCGGUGGAGCUGUACUACCUGUCGGGAGCGGCCCAGGACCUGCCCAACGACACGCUCAGCAGGCAGGCCACGCCGUCGCGCAAACGCAGGGCCUCUGGAGAGUCGUCCGUGCUGAAGAAAAGCAGACUCAAGUGAGGACUUCACCGUGCGGUCCGCAACUCCACUGCCUUUUCAUCUCCUGUACAAAAUCGGUAGAUACCGAAAAAAAUUAUUAUCUGUAAUUUAAUUUUUAUGUUUUUGCUAUUAUACAGAAAAUAAAAUGGACCAUAAUAUGACAUUUUGCA